AUGUCGACGAGCGAUGACCGAUGGUUUCGCCGCUUGAGAAACCGAAGGGUAGAUGAAUUUUUUAUGACCCUAAAUCCAUCGCAAACUGUAACUGAUAGCGAGCAGAGCAAUGUGUACCGAUCUGGCCCCGGAGAGAGCACUCGGCGCAAUCAACCUGACGCUGCUGGUGGGAACCCAUUGUUCAGUGAUGUUGCAUCGGAAGCCUACCAACGUGAGCGGCCUAGCGUCGAGCAUGACUCCGUGUUCUGCAGCAGCAGUUCGGAUUCUGAUUACCUGCAGGAGCGAAUGGAGCAAAGUGAUCAAUAUGCAGUCGUCAAGUUUCCAGAGGAAGGCGACUCUGUGGCUCUUGUACAUACCAAGUGGCUGCAUGGUGAUGUCUGCUUGUGGCCACAGGAUUCCAAGAAUGUUUCGUAUUUAGCAAAAUGUGGAGUAUCUCCGUCCUCCAACUGGCAAGUCGUGCCAUGUGUGCCCAUAGGCACAUUCAGAACAUAUGAUGCAGCGCGACAAAAGCUUAAGCAAGCUGAAAAUGGGUCAGACUUGGGAAGUGAAGUCGACCUGGGAAGGGGCAAAAGAAAAAAGCAACGAAGAGCCCUUAGCUCAAGCCCGGAAAGUGUGCAGCGACUACCUCUUCCACCGUCCUCUAUGAUGAAAAAAGCCCAGAAGAAGGAUGGGAGACGUAUUCACAAACAGUCAUCACAUACGUCAACAUAUGGGGCGAAUGAUGCCGAUGUUUGCAGUGAUCAAGGUGCAGCGCAAUGUGCUAGUGAGACUUCAGAAUCAGAGGGUGAAGUUGACUUUGGAGAUGCAAAGCAAGAAUCGUCUGGCAUAAGAUCAUUGACAACUCACUCUUUGAUGAAAAAAGCAAGCCAAAUGAGGACUUCAGAGUGCAACACUCAGAAGCGGCAUUCAAGUCUGUCUGUUGCACCUAAUUCAGAUGAUGGCAUAAAACAGGUCAUCAGGCUUCUACAGACAGUAAUCUUGAGAGUUGAGCACCUGGGAAGCCAACUAGAUGUAAUAAAAGGGAAGCUUUGUGACCAUCAACUGCAGCCUGAAACAGAUUUGUUAGAAAAGCCAUUCUGUGACAUCACUGAGUUUGAACUGUUUGAUCAAGAGCUCUCGGAAAAUGCUGCAAUGAAGUCAAAGCUGAUGCGGGAACUUGCUGCCUUAGGAGGGAGAAAUGUUAGUUUGUCGACCCGCCGCAUUCUUGAAGCCCUGAUGACCCAGGAAGUGGCUGUUCACUAUAGUUGGCUCGGACAAAAAGGAAAAAAAAGUUCUCAUCGCUGACAAUGUGCGACCUAAUAUAUAAAAGUGUGAAGUGCACAUUUGAAACAGCAAAAAGAAGCGAAGUUGAGGAUGUUGUCAAAACGUGGCUCAGGCAUGCUGGGGAGAAGCUUAGAAAAAAUAACAAACAGUCUGAGAGAGCCAUUGAGCUGCUGGAGUGACAAGGCAGGCCUCACUAAAGUUCAGUAUGGGCCAACCACAGCGCGGAGGACUUUUUUGUGCAACCACAACUUUUCGUUUAAAGAAUAAUUUUCUCAUUUUAAUAAUCAUUUUUGCUUUUCAGUUUUUAAUGUUCGAGGAUUUUAUUUUAAU